AUGAAGAAAGCCUUGAAAGAUGUGGACAAGUUGCUAAAGUCAAAGAAGACACAGUUUAUUGGUGGUCUCCACCUGAAGCUGGUAGUGACAAACAGAAGGACAUUUUUAGAUGCCUCAGAACGUGCAGCUGAGGCACAUGGUUUUGCUGCCAAGUGGGGUGGAAGGCAGCUUCAAGGUUGGACCCGCAAAUGGUUGAUAACACGAGAGCUGCCUGUCUCGAGGCAAGGCCAUCAUGCAAAAGUCUAUUUACUUCUCAGUGACCUUGCAAUCACAUCGGAACUCAGAUCAUAUGUUCGGUCAAACAAGUGGGCAGUAGAUCCAGAGAAACUCACACAGUUCACCAAGAAUCAGCUCAUACCCAGUGCAGCGGACAAGUACCUUCAACAAAUUGUACAUGAUGAGAUGCCUUGUGGACUGAAAUGGUACAUGGAGGAUGAACUUUUUCCUUGUAUUCAUCUCAAGGCAGGCUGCGCCCAAGCAAAUGAUUCGAAAGAAAAGAGUUGGGUCUUUGAAGACCAACAUGCUUUGAGGAAGAAGGAGGUUGGUCGAGGACUCCAUCAAAGCGAUGUGAUAUGUUUGACUGUUGGACACCUUGUGGAAGCGAGUCAGACACUUGAAUAUGGGAAAAACUAUGAUGGCUAUUGGACAGGAGAGCUUUUUGUUAAACAGCUCAAGGAGAAAAUCAUUCCCGCCUUCGAAAAUGCACAUGGACCUGGAUAUCAGGCUCUCUUCAUGGUCGACAACUCUCAGGGACAUUCAGCUUAUUCCGAAGAUGCAUUACUUGUGAGCCGCAUGAACAUUAAACCAGGUAGAAAACAAGCCCGUAUGCAAGAUGGAUGGUUCAUGCAAGAUGGCACCAAAGUGAUCCAACAUAUGGUUUACCCACCAGAUCACCCGAGUUUCCAAAUGAGCCGAAAGGAACCAAGGUUGUGCUUGCCAAAUGUGAAGAAAUAUCUUUGUGACAACUGUGAUUACACAUUCAACACCUUGAAAGACAACAUGUUCAUAGCACUCGCAUCAGUGCCACUCCAAACCAUCCAGCAGUGGGAACAUCAAAUGCACAGGUGGAUAGAUGCUUAUAGGAUGGGACUCGGGACUGCUGAUGCACAGCUGCAGGUCAAAAAAUUUAGUUCAAGACAGUACAAAUCUCACAGAUGUAUUCCAGAUGCAGUGGCACAAGCUUUUGAUUAG